CCCCGACACCGCCCCCGCGCUUCACCUCGGAGUUGAGAGUUGCUUCUGCAGUUCUGCUAGGUGCGUGAAUCACGGAUCCGGCUUCUUUCUCUCUGUGCAGCAGCAGCAGCAGCGAGGCCUCCGCGCCGCUGAGGGGCGAUUGCGCGUCGGAGCCGCUCGAGGUGCUCACGCGGGAGGCGGAGCUCGAGACAGCCACCGGGGUUGUCCCGCUACUGGACGACGAGGCCAUGAUGGAGGAGGUCAUCAAAUAGUUCGAGGAUUUCGCAGGUAGCACCGUCAUCUCCAGUCUCCUUGUUGAAUUGAAAGUUGUUAGGCAGGGAUUGUCCCGUUGCUGGACGACGAGACCAUGAUGGAGGAGGUCUUCAAAUAGUUCGAGGAGUUCGCAGGGGCGCAGAUAGCACCGUCGUCUCAGUCUUCUUGUUGAAUUGAAAGUUGUUAGGUACCUUCUGCUCCAUUGCAGGCACAAUCGCUGAAUAAUUGUUUGGUUGAAAAUAAAAAAUAUAAUGCAGAAAAAUUACUUGAUAACAAGAACGCAUAGAUGAUACUGAACCAUAGGAUAUUUAAUUGAAAGGUAUUGUCAGACUACUUUUGAUGUUAGAGCAUAGAUAAUUUUUUGACUUAAGGUGCUCUUUUGCCAGUAUCCUGGUAAAAGUUUGCUAUGUUGACGUCCUAUUUAAGAAUCGAAGUUUUGGUAUGCAGAUGUUUUUAGAUUUCUUUUAAGACUCUUUACUUUAUACUCAGGAAGGGAAAGAAGGUUUUGUUUUUGAGCAGCACAAGCUGUAGGUUUCUUAUAGGACUCAUUACUUAUUUUGGAUGCAGGCAAGAUGAUUGGGGGCUACUUAUCAGUGGCAUGGUGUAGACAAAUAUUGUUUCUUUGUGAUGUCUACUUUCCCAUUUAUCAGAUAACAUUAACUGACAAGUGUUUAGAUCCAUGCUUCCUAAAAUAAACAAAUACUCUAUUCCUUACUCUAAAGGUUUGAAGUAGGAGGCUAGGAGAUAUCUAAACUUACUGCAUGGCCAAUCAGCCUCAGAUCAUUACUACAUCUGGCAUUGACUGGACAAUAAAUUGCAGCACCUGCCUGAAAACACUAUAUCUUAUCUUAUCAAUCAUCAUGACAAUUGUAGAUUGUUACUUGUUGUCGCAGCCACUGCUAGGGAGUGAGCUAUAGCUGGUGUGGUUCGUUCAUGUACAAUCCUCUUGAAACUUGUUCAUACAAGUUGUACAAUAUCUGUAUAGUUUUCAGUUUGAUUUUUCUCUUGCCGUAUAUUUCAAUGGUGAUUUUCUUCGAUUCUUAUAACAUCAGUCUCAUUUUUAUGUUGCAUCAGAAUAUCAGAUUGCCUUCAGUCAAUAUCUUUGCAUUUUGUGAAAAAAAAGAGUAAAUGGCCUGUGAAGCGAUUUUCUGAUUCCUUUAGCUUAUUAUUAUUCACUUUAGUUUCUGAUUUGAUUCUUAUGAGAGGAGUUACCAAAAGUAGUAUGAAGAGACUGUAGAUGUAUUAGUAAACUGCUAUUCAAACUAAAUAAGAAGUGAAUUUCUUUCCUUUCUGGUUGAUAGACAAGCUACGUAAUGCUUGGGGCCUUGUCUCUAUCUUGAAAUGAUUCUUUCUUCAUUGUCUCAAACAAAUAUAUAUAUUGAAGCUUGGUAAAGUGAAUGGGAGGGCCCUACAUGUACUCUUGGUUCCUAUCAAUUUCACAAGUCAUGGCCAAUAAUUGUGAGCAAUGGAAGGCAAUGGCUUGUGGUAACUAUGCGAGCACACAAAAGUAGACCAACUCCCCAUAAAGAUCAUGUGUCAUUUAAUGCAUUGACUGUGAAAAAUUUCAGUGUAUUUUACCAUAAUCAACACCAUGCCCUGAGGAGCCUUUAAUUCUGAACCAGUAUCAAUUCUAAAUAUAGUUUAAGUUUAGUGUAUAUGUUCUCAAUUCUAAAUGUAUAUAUUUGGAUUGUAUUUUUUUUGAAGUAUAUAUUUGGAUUGUAAGUAUCAAUGAAAUGAUUUACUCCCUCCGUCCUAUGAAGAAUGCAAUUCUAGGUUUUUUUCAGACAUAUUAGUGGUGGCAUGAAAAGACUCUUAUGCCCUCAAUUGUUUGCCACAUAUAGUUAGUUUUGGAAUGCAAUUCAAAUUUGACCACUUAAUUAGGCAGUUAAUUGAGAUCCAAUCUCUAGAAUUGUACUAUUUGUGGAAUUCUUUUUCAAACUCGGGAUUGCACUUUUCAUGGGAUGGAGGGAGUAUGAUUUUUUUCAUCCUUGUACAGGUUUGAGAAGAAUAAGAAAACUGAGGCAAAGACCAUGUCUCAGUUGCUACACUACACAUCUUGUAAAUAUUUGUUAAGAUGAUAUUGAUGCUUAUGGGAUAAUUUAUUUUGGCCGUAGCAAUGCACGGGCACGAACCUAGUCUAAUAGAAGUUUCACCGGAGUAUUAUGAGCAUUAAAUUUUUAUUAAAUUCUAUGCCACAUUAGUACAUAUUAGAAUUAGUACAAGGAAUGAGGAGGGAGAGUUUUAUAGGAUGAUAGAAGAAUUUUGUCAAUACGAUACUCUUCCAGCUCAGCUAUCAAAUUUUCAAUCUUAAUAACCGCAGGAUAACACUUUCCACUGAGUCUGAUCUAAUGAUCUCAUCAAAUCAGCUAGAUUUUGCUAAUGUGGUACGGAAUUAAAUGCCAAUAAAACUCCCGUUAAAACUGGUUUGAUCUCGGACCAGCCAAGUGGGUCCGGCAGCCUUCCUGUGCCGUAGGUUACCUCCUGUUGUGUUCCAUCACUCGCAUCGAUCGUCACAUGAGACAAGUUUUCUUCGUCAAAAGGAGGAGUAAUUUCUUUCCCAUUUUCUCAAGUAAAAAAAGCCACCUUUUGGAACGGAACACCAGCCUGCCAAAUCAGAGCGAUAACCACUGUGAAAUCCGGAGCUCCUUGUCGGCCUCUCGCCGUGCUCUUCUCCCUCCACUCCCGCGCGAUUCCACUCGCAUGGUCAGCCCGCGCGCAUGGGGCCCACCCGCUUCUCCAUUCCAUUCGCGAUUAAACAAAGCCGCUAUUAUAAGUAGUGCGAGGCGCAACUACUCUCUCUCUCCAGCUUCCUCCAUUUCUGAUCUCUCUCCCCCUAGUGGGCUCGCUAUUUUUAGCCUUCCAUAAUCCAGACUCCAAGGCAGCGGCGGAACAGAGGAUCGGGGAGGAAGGAGAAGGCGGCGGCGGCAGCGCCGCGACGGCGAGUCACCGUUCAUUGCAAGGAGGCCGGCGGCGAGGCGGGUUGCGGAACCAUCGCGCGCGGCGUCGGGGGGUGCGGUACUGCCGCCGUCCGCCGGUGGGGGAUGAAGUCGCCAUUGCGGAGGCUGCGGGGCUUCGGCCACAACCACCCCAAGGAGCGCAGGGGCCACCAGCCGCCGCCGGCCAAGCUCGACGAGCUCGUGAGCGCCGGCCAGGAGGUGGAAGACAUGAGAAACUGCUACGAUGGCUUGAUUUCAGCUGCAGCCGCGACAACAAAUAGUGUAUAUGAGUUUUCAGAGGCUCUCGAGGAACUUGGAGGUUGCUUUCUCGCGAAAACUGCACUAAAUGGCGAUGAUGAUGAUAGUGGUAGAGUGCUGAUGAUGCUGGGAAAGGUACAAUUUGAACUACAAAAAUUUGUCGAUACUUACCGCUCAAAUAUCAUUCAUACAAUCACAACCCCUUCGGAGUCUCUUCUCAAGGAGCUACAAACUGUAGAGGAAAUGAAGCAGCAGUGCGACAUGAAAAGAGAGGCAUAUGAAGCUAUGAGGGCAUCCUAUAGGGAAAAAGGAAAGUCAAGGCAUUCCAAAAUUGAAUCAUAUUCUACAGAGCAACUGCAAACUUCUUUUGCUGAGUACCAAGAAGAUGCAGCACUGUUCAUAUUUCGCUUAAAAUCAUUGAGGCAAGGGCAAUUUCAUAGUCUUUUAACACAAGCUUCUCGCCAUCAUGCUGCUCAGCUAAGCUUUUUCAGGAGAGGGUUGAAGUGUCUUGAAGCACUCGAACCUCAAGUAAAAGCAAUAGCUGAGAAACAGCAUAUUGACUACCAGUUCAGUGGUCUUGAGGAUGAUGUAUCUGACAAUGGCGAUUACAGCUCUGACCAGGAUGAUUGCAGUGACGAUGGAAACCUUAGUUUCGACUAUGAAAUAAAUGACAAGGAUCAAGAUUUUCUUCCUUCUAGAGGUUCAAUGGAUUUGGACAAAAGAGAUGUGACGAAUUCCCCACAGCCAGUAAAAGAAAGCAAGCAGGAAGAGAUCAAACAAUUCAAGGGUGAUGUUAUAACUCCACAAGUGAAACCUGAGUUUAACACACAUUCAGCACCAAUUCUUGCUGGCAAUUUACCAGAUCCAUCUGAGAGGUUUUGGCAAAUGAAGCCAUCUUCAGCCAAACAUUCAUACAAACUCCCAACACCAGUUGAUGACAAUAACCUCAGAUCAGCAGGUGCUCACAGAACAUAUCAUUCGCAACAGUUUGAAAGUAAACCUCAUGUUGUAAAGAAUUUAUCGCAUUCAUCUCCGUUGAAGCCGAGUGGCCAUGUGAAAAUGCCAUCAAGUACCGAGGGGAUAUCGACAUUCUCCCAGUCAGGUUCUGAUUACAAGAAGAUCAAGACGGAAUCUUGGUCUGGUCCAAUUCCAAGCAAAUCAGGGUCAGGGUUAGGCAAGCCAUCUUCUCUGAAUGAUCGCAGAUCACCCAUGACACAACAUCAUGCGAUGCCAGGGAAUCCACAAAGUCAUUCUCGGCAGCCAUCAUCUGUGUCCCCCAAGAUGUUGCCACAUCCAACAAAAUCACCGAAGAUCAGCGAGAUUCAUGAGCUGCCUAGGCCUCCAGCCAAUGUGGAGUCCCUAAGGCCUUCUGGCUUGGUCGGAUACUCUGGUCCUCUGGUAUCAAAACGUCAGACUCAAAUUCCUGCAGCACCAGCCCGGGCAUCACCGACUGCAUCACAAACCCCCUCACCACUUCCACUACCGCCUGCCACCCUCACUCGUAGCUAUUCCAUACCCUCAAACAGCCAGAGGAUACCUAUCAUCACUGUGAACAGAUUGUUAGAGGUUAGAAAUAGCAGGGAGGGCAGUGAUAUUUCUUCCCCUCCACUAACACUAACGUCUUUGUCGCUGACUGAUUUGUCCCAGCAGCAAGCAGCAAAAACAAGUAGCACAAGGAUUAUGAAGGGAACCUUGUGACACAUACCAGAUAAAUGCAGAAUCAUUUUAGACGAUUUUGUAUGCAAGUAGUGACGUUUUGUAGGUUCAUAUAAUAACAUUCAUGACAUUCUUUCGUUGUACCGUCUGUGUUGUGAAUGAAAAGGACGCAAAAGUAAUGUACUUUGAUCAUGUAAUGCAAGAACAUUGAACCUCCGGUUCAGUUUUCUGCACUACUGUUUCUCA